AUGCAGCAUGUUGUGCCUACUGUGGGCUCACUUGUUGAGUCAUGUGCCAAGCGCAUCACAGUCCUUGAAGACAAGUUGCGCGCCGACCCUGAAAUGCUCGACCUGAACGAGAUGGAGACGCUUUGCCUGGAUUUGGGUCGUGCCUGGGGCGCCGUCCACCACCUUAACAUGGUUCAAUCUUCAAGCGAGCUGCGUGAUGCAAUUGAGCAAGUCCAGCCUCAGGUUGUCGAGCUCAUGGCUAAUCUCAGCCAGUCCGAGCCCAUCAGCAAAGCCUACCAAAGCAUGGCCGCUACACUGCCUGCUGCCCAGGGCGAGAAUGAGGUGACCCGAAUCGUUGACUCGGCUUUACGGGAUGCCAAGCUGUCGGGCAUUUUUGCGUCGCCCGAGGACCGCGAGCGCAUCAAAAAACUCCAGAUGGAGCUCUCCCGUCUGAGCCACACUUUCCGCAGCAACGUUGUUGCUAGUCGCGGAGCCUGGAGCCACACGGUUACAGAUCCCAAAGAUCUGGCUGGCGUGCCCGACCACCUUCUCAAGGGGCUGGCCGUCAAUCCCGAGCAAUGGCAAGAGGGGCCUUGGAAACUGGAUUUGACACAGUCCUGUAUGGAACUGGUCAAGUAUUGCCAAGCUCGCCCCACCCGUGAGCUGCUUUACCGAGCCUCCAUUGUUGUGGCCAGCACGGGCGAGUGGGACAACUCGCAAGGCUUGGUGGACAUUUUGCAGCGUCGUCAAGACCUGGCACAGCUUUUGGGAUAUGGCAACUAUGCGGACGUGUCCCUGGCCUCAAAGUCUGCUGAUUCAACGGCGACGGUGGAAUCUUUUCUCACCGCUUUGGGCCACAAGGCGCAAGGCGCCGCCCGCGUGGAGCUUGAGGAGCUUCGCGCGCUGGCUCAGGAGCUUGAUCAGCUUGACGAUCUCAAGCCCUGGGAUACGGGCUACUAUGCCGAGAAGCUGAGUGAGUCGCUGCCAAGAGUGAGCACAUUUUCCUAUCUGUCUGACCUCUGUUGGUCGCGUGCGUCAAAGACCAAGUUUAAAAUCAACUCCGCAGAGGUGCAGCAGUACUUUCCAGCCGAUCAUGUGAUGGCCGUUUUUUUUGAUUUUUUGACCACGCUCUUUGGUGUGCGCAUUCAAGAUGCGACCGCUGAGCUCGAGCCGGAGACUCUGUGGGACCCACACGUGCGUUACUUUCAAGUGGCCGACGCCGACUCGAACAAGCCGAUAGCCUCGUUCUUUCUGGACCUCUAUGCGCGCCCUGGCGCCAAGUCGCCCGGCGCUUGGAUGGACAACUGUGUGGACCGCAGUGCGCACCUGAAAACCGUGCCUGUCGCGCACAUGGUUUUGAAUCUGCAACCACCCAGUGGCGGCACCCCCACGUUGAUGUCACUUCGGGAUGUGGAAACGCUUUUCCACGAGUUUGGCCACGCACUCCAACACAUGCUGACCACGGUGGCCGGCAUCAACAACAUUGAGUGGGAUGUUGUGGAGCUUCCCAGUCAGUUCAUGGAGAACUGGGUGUAUCACAAGCCUCUCCUCCGCCGCCUGACGCGCCACCACGAGUCGGGCAAGCCCAUGCCCGAGUCCAUGAUCGAUUCCAUCGUUGCCGCCCGAACCUUCAUGUCGGGCAGUUUUACGGCCCGGCAAGUCUUCUUCUCGCUGCUCGAUUUGUCGUUGCACGUCAGCCCGCCGACCAGCGCCGAGGAAGCUGUGCAGCGUCAACAGAGCAUGAGCGAAGCCUUUUUGGCGCGGCCGCUACUACCAGAGGAUCGAUUUUUGCUGCAGUUUUUGCAUAUUUUCGGUGGUGGCUAUGCCGCGGGCUAUUGGAGCUACAAGUGGGCUGAAGUGUUGGCAGCCGAUGCAUUUGGCCGUUUCGAAGAGGAUGGGGCGCUCGCCGAAACAGCUGAGGGCGAGCGCAAGCUGGAAGCCAUUGGCCGGGAAUUCCGAGCCACCAUCCUGGCUCAAGGAGGCUCACAAAACCCGCUCCGCACGUUUGAGGACUUUCGCGGUCGCCCGGUCGAUUAUGCCGCCUUUUAUCGGCAGCUCAAUCUCGAUGCGACGCAGGGUCAAUAA